ACAACAGAACGCUAGAACUCUCGGCCCAAAUUCUCGAAUCGUCCAGUCUUAUUUUAGCCGCUAAUGUUAUUCGGACGGUUUCAGUCUUCAGUUUCAAUCAUUAUCCGGCAACCAUACACGACAGGCAUUUGUUAUCAUUAGCGGGACAGUAUAUUUGAACCGUUUCGAAAUGGGUGAAGCUUGUCACUACGAUGUGUUACAAAACGAAAAGUUCGGACGUUAUUUAGUGGCUAACAAGGAUUUGGAAAGUGCAGAGUUGAUUUUCACGGACAAACCGUUUGCGGUCGGACCUAAACCAGAUACCCCGCCUCUCUGCUUGAGUUGUUACUGCCCGGUAGACAACACACUAUGCUCCAAGUGCGGUUGGCCAGUGUGCGGCGCGGAGUGCGAGGCUGCGCCGGCGCACGCGCCUGAGUGCACCGUAUUCGCCGCCGCGAAGGUGCGUUACCAAUCGCCUUCGGAUUGGACCGCCGCUUCGCCGCAGCUCGACUGCAUCACUCCUUUGAGGUUAUUGCUAGCCAAAGAGCAGGACCCGGAUACAUGGAAGCGCGACCUAGAGCCGAUGGAGGCGCACACGGAGGCGCGCAGGCAGCGGCCGACAUGGGCGGCUGACCAGGUCAACGUGGUUGACUUCCUCAUCGACCACUGCAAACUGGGCGCGCGGUUCGACAAAGAACUCGUGCAGCGCGUCUGCGGGAUACUAGAGGUGAACUCGGUGGAGAUCCCGUCCCGCGGCGGGUACAGCGUGCGCGCCAUCUACCCGCGCCUCGCCAUCGCCGCACACAGCUGCGUGCCCAACAUCGUGCACACCAUCCUACACAACGAUUGUCAAGUGCAAGUCCGAGCAGCGGUCCCAAUAAAGUCAGGCGAGCCUCUGCACCUGUGCUACACGUACGCGCUGUCCCCCACCCUAGUCCGACGAGAGUACCUCAUGGAGUCCAAGUUCUUCAACUGCGAGUGUCCGCGCUGCGCAGACCCAACUGAGCUCGGCACGCAUCUCAGCACGCUCAAGUGCCAGAAGUGCGAUAAUGGGAUCAUUAUAUCUAGUAAUCCUUUAGACAACGAGGCGACUUGGAAGUGCACAGAGAAGAAAUGCGAGUUCAAGACAUCGAGUGCGGCGAUGCGCAAGAUGUUGGCCGUGGUUCAGGCUGAGGUGGACCAGCUAGACGCGCUCGAGGGCGCCCAGGCUAUCGAGGUCCGCGAAGCCACACUCAACAAGUACAAGUCAGUAUUUCACCCGCGGCACGCGAUCCUGCUGGGCGUGAAGCAGGCGCUGGCACAGCUGUACGGGCGCGUGGAGGGCUACAGCCUCGACGAGCUGCCCGACCUCGUGCUCGAGCGCAAGGCUGAAUUCUGCCGGCUCGUGCUCAGCGCGCUCGACGUCAUCAUGCCGGGAGAGAGCCGCAUGAGAGGUAUGAUGCUGUAUGAACUACACGCGCCCAUCAUGUUCCUGGCACGAAGCGAGUACUCCGCCGGAUUAAUCGAUCAGGACAAGUUGAAGGAGAGACUUCAGGAACCCAUUAAACUGCUAGAAGUCUCUGCUAAAAUCCUAACGCGGGAAGACCCACAGAGCCCUGAAGGCAUCACUGGACAAAUCGCGUUACAAUCCAUGGAGCAACUCAAAGCUAGUCUUGAGUGUUUGUAAUUGUUUUAUUUUUCCCAUCAUCACAUUUUGAAUUAAUUCACGCGAUUCUAUACUAACAAAAAGGCCUUGAUUUUGCUGUGAUUAAGUGGGAUAGCUACUAAAAACCAUCCGCCCAAGCAGUGAAUGCCAUCCAAGGCAAGUCUAAAAUAAGUCACACUAAGAACCCUUGUUCACUUGAGCAUCAGUGCUUGGCAACAGAUUGCUAGCCAAUCCUGGAUAAAAAUUAGGAAAUGUGAAAAUACAACAAAUAUAACUUUCAUAAUGCAUUAUACUGGGUAUUUACUACCUUAUUCUGGGUUACUAACUUCACAUUUAGUUUUAAUUGAAUGUUUUUGCAUUUUACUGUAAGCAAAGUUUAUUGUAAAAGACAUGUUUGAUCUCUUAUGUAUUUAUAUUAGUUGUAGAAUUAUCUGUAUAAAAUAUACUAUUUAAAAUCA